CGCCGUCCGUGUACACUCUCUCCAACCAGUUUCCAGCCACUUACCCAUCCUUCCUCGGGCUCUCUAACCCUUCACUCACUUCGCGGUUUCCGGUUUAGGGCGAUUUUCAGAUUAAUACGGUACUGUGGUUCAGCUUUCGGUGUCUGUAAGGGUGAGUUUUUGAUCCGGUGACCUUAUGUCUGGUAAUGUGUUAAUGUCUCUAUGUAAUCAUUGAUAUAAUUAUUAUAUUCAUAUCGGAAAUGUAUUAAGAUUUUGGUCUAAUGAUAUCGUAAACUUUGACUCUAAGAGUACAGUAAUAAAAUAGAGCAUUUCAAGAAUCGGAAAUACAAGUUAAAGAUUAUUAACGUGGCUGACCUGAAAUGUCUCUCCUCACACUUGACUUUCACACUUUUCUCCCCCCCCCUCUUCGCACCGUAUCAUGCCCCUUCCUCCACCCUGCCACCCACUGCUUUCUCUCCGACGAUAACACUUAUACACAUCUGUUAUUAGGGUCUCAAAAUAUCCUUCUAAUCUACACUUGGAUUGAGGUUUUAAGUAGCAGGCAAUCACUUUCUAUUGCUAAUGAUUAAACUGCAGCCAGUGCUUAGCUCCGUUGGGUGUGGCGUCCUUGUAAGUUUCAGCCGUUCCCUCGCGUCUGUGUGCAUGUGCUCUCCUGUGCGUGUGCAUGUGUUUGCGGCCAUCAUCGCUUUCGCAUGUCAGUGGGUGUGAUUACGGAUUUCUGAGUGAGUGUUUUGGCGUGCAUUGGCGUUGCAGAGUAAGUGAACAUUAGGAUAACGCGAGUGAUGUUUUCUGAAAUCUCUGAAAUGCUGCAUUACCUCUCGAUUACUGUGCUUGCUACAACACCAGCGGGAUUGGCGAGCCCGCGAAUUCUGCACCGAACACUGAGCAGUGCUUGCGUCUGCCCGCCACUUGCUUGUCCGAAAGCGGUGAUUGCUACUUCUUUGUUUAACUUUGUUUUCGCCUCUGUGGUGUUGUUACUUAAAGGUGAAUAAUUUUGUGUCACACGCACUUGGAUCCACACCAGGCUGCCAGGUAUUACCAUAUUUCUUCGCUAGCAGACGACAUCCUUCAAAAACGAUCUAGCAACUCACACGCCGUCUUCCUGUUAUUCAAGCUUCGACGAUUUUUCCAAGUUACAGCUCGACUAUGAACUUUUCGUCUACACCGCAAGCUUCACAAAUGUAAUGAGUGCGCGAUAAUGUAUGUGAGUGAAUGAACUUUAAUCGGACUUUAAAAAAGAACUUCGCUGAAAGAUACGACCAUUCAAAAUAACGCCUGUGUAACUAAGUCCGUGGGUUUGAGCACGCGCACAGCCGAAGCUUUGAAGUGCCGACAAACCAAUAACUCCCGCUGUUGACAUGUGCUUUUUAAGAUGAAACGGCUGACACGAUGGCUGAAGAUUCAAUCAAGCAGCUGAUAGAAACUCAAGCCGAGGAAUAUAAACACCAGAUCGAACUCUUAUCGGAAAGAUAUGACGAGCGAGAAAAGAAAAUGUUGACGGAAAUACGAGACCUACGGACCGAUGUACAAGACCUUCAAACAAGGCUAGAAUCCACCCAAAAAGAAUUGGUUGAUUUAAGAUCCGAACUGCCGAAGCUGAAACGACAAAUUAAGCAAUUAAGUGAUUACCAGUCUAGCAUUAGAAUCCUAGAGAAGCGUGUCAAUCAUUACGAAGAAAACAAUCGCCGUGACAACCUCGUUAUCGAUGGCAUGCCCGAAGAUGACAGCGAAACAGCGGAGGAAACCCAGGCCAAAGUCAUUGCCUUGUUAUCGGAGAAGCUGGGUCUCCCCGCGACGACAGCCCUGCAGGCGCGUCGCAUCGGGAAGGGCAGCGCCGGGAAGUCGAGGGCGGUCGUGGUGCGCUUCACCGAACGCCAAGACCGAGAGGCCACCCUCAGGAAUGCCAGCAAAUUGGAAGGAACCAACAUUUUCAUCAACGAGUAUUUCUACCCGACAGCGAGGAAGCAGCGAGAGGCUCGUCUCUACCAGCUAAAGCAAGGCAGGAGGCCGAAUGGAUCCGUCAUCGCGCCUCUUCCCCAAACUACCUUCCCGCCCAAACUCGAUGCGAAAACUACCUCCCCCCACCCACCCCCAGCGCCCGCAGGCCCCAUCACAGGAUCUUCCGUAGAAAUUGAACAAGACAACGACUGCUCGGAGGUGCGAUAUUAUUUUUUAUUGAAUUCUGUAUGUUGCACACUAACAUGCUUGACCGGUGGUGUCAAACAGGUACUCCUAUUUAAACUCUCCAAUAACUCAAUCACGGACUCUCCACUUUUAUCAUUUUCCUAAUGAUCGAAUUCUCUU